CCGUCCCCUCUCCCCUCAUCAGGCCCGCGCGUCUUCCUCCCGCACGCGUCGUCGUUAGCUGCGCGCUUUGCCGGUGCGUGCCUUCCUCGUCCCUCAGGCAGCGGGGCGAGCGCGACCCCGGCGAGGAGCGUACCACCGUCCCCCGGAGCGCGGGGGGGAGCCAACCGCCCUGCCGCCCGCUCCUCGGCGACCCCGCGGGGUUGAGGCGACGCCGCACCCGGCAGCCUGAGCGCACAGCCGGCCUUGACCCAGAGCCCCGAACCGCGAACGCCGCGUCCGCCAGCGGCCCCACCCAUCCGGGCCGCGGCCAUGGCCGAGACCGAGGAGCGGAGCCUGGACAACUUCUUCGCCAAGAGGGACAAGAAGAAGAAGAAGGAGCGGAGCAGUCGGGCGGCCAACGCGGCGAGCGGCUUGGGCGGGAGCAGCGCGGCGGCGGGCGCCAGGCCGGGUGACGGCGGGAGCUCGGGCUCCGGUGCCAGGUCGGGCGACGGCGGGAGCUUGGGCUCCGGCGCCAGGUCGGGCGAUGGCGGGAGCUUGGGCUCCGGCGCCAGGUCGGGCGACGGUGGGACCUCGAGGCCAGGGGACGGCGGGAGCACGGGCCCCGCCGGCAAGGCCGUAACGAAGGAGGAAGAUGAGUGGAAAGAAUUUGAGCAAAAAGAGGUUGAUUACAGCGGACUAAGAGUUCAGGCAAUGCAAAUAAGUGAAAAGGAAGAUGAUGAUAAUGAAAAGAGAGAAGAUCCAGGAGAUAACUGGGAAGAAGGUGGAGGUGGUAGUGGAGUAGAAAAAUCUUCAGGUCCCUGGAAUAAAACAGCUCCAGUACAAGCACCUCCUGCUCCAGUAAUAGUUACAGAAACCUCCGAGCCGGCAAUGCCUAGUGGUGUAUAUAGGCCUCCUGGGGCCAGGCUAACCACAACAAGAAAAACGCCUCAAGGACCACCAGAAAUAUACAGUGACACACAGUUCCCAUCCCUGCAGUCCACUGCCAAGCACGUAGAGAGCCGGAAGAAGAAUACUUUCAAAAUUCCCCAGUGAAGAAGAAAUAUUUACUGAUUACAUUUCUUUUCCCUUAGGGAUAAAGAAAUGGAGAAGAGCUUUGAAGUAGUAAAACACAAAAAUAGAGGUAGGGAGGAGGUUUCAAAAAACCAGGCCCUUAAACUUCAGCUAGACAACCAGUAUGCUGUGCUUGAAAAUCAGAAGUACAGCCACACACAGUACAGUUAAGCAAUGGUCUUUGCUAAGCCUCCCAAGAUAACUAGACCACAGCUAACCACCAAGAACAGCCAUUCAGCGUCUCAUAUCUGGAUCUACAGUGACUGAUUGAUGAAGACCUUGAUUCCAGUGACUGUGUCCCUGUUGCACUAUGGAAGAUCAAGAGUCACAACUGAUCUUGAUGUGUGUUGGAUUUAGGGGUGUUUUCAUUGUCUUAAAUAUUUGUGAAUUAGAUUCAGCUGUGUUUCCAUAGUUGCUCUGCAUAUAAAACCAAACCUGCAGCCAGUGGUCAUUUCAAACAUCUUUAUGUUCAGAUACUGAGCCUUCGCAAGGUUGACUACCUCAGAUUUGCUGCACUUAAUUGUGGAUUUCAUGUGGAUCACAACUUCUGCAUAAGUUACAGCUAUUAGUAUCAGUGUGAACCUUGAAACCAACUCUACUGGAUUCCUUUCGGGAAGCCUUCAGAAGUCAGCCAUCUGGGUUCUGAUCUGCUGUAAAAGAUGAAGAGUUAAGUGACCUUAAAUAACCUGUUCUGUGCCCACUCUAAGGAACACUCUGUAGGCUGUGGCUACAUUAGACUUCUUGGAACAAGCCGCUGUCAAAACUGUUGUGUUUGGAUCAUCUGUGUGGGGCUAUGAUUUAUAAUUUAAGUUUUUAGUUGUAGUAUGAGGUGGCUACAGAUUCAAUUCAACCAAACUUGGAUCCACCAAAUGGGGAAAGGGUGGGGGAUAGUCUUGUUUCUUUGAAUACCUUUUUAUUCAGAUAGUGCUUGUUAUGUUCCACAUUAAGGCCUUGCUUUGACUUGGAGUAGGUUCUUGGACAGCGUAUUGCGUGGUAAAAUAGCCUGAAUGAGGCAUUGGAAUUGUGAAAUGACCUGUGAAUUUGCCAAUCCCUAGGUGGAACCAGAUGAGCCUUUGAUACAAAGGGCAGCGGGUGCCAGAGGCUACACUCUGGUGCUGCUCAAUCCUCCUCUAAUCAGGUUUAAAUUGAACUGCUGUGGACAGAGUGGUGUCUGCUCAGGUGGGGAGGGGUUCACUGGCCUGUCUUAACAUUUCAAAGCAACAGGUGCAAAACCUCACCAACAACCUGAAGUUUCAUGAAUCUUGCAUGGUGUCUGAUAAAAAAAAAAUCUUGUGUGUGCCCCAAAUUUGAAGAUAUUGGCUAUUUUGUAGAUACAUUCCUUGUUCUAGACAGCUCUGUUGUUCACCUAGGGAAUACUUUGUGAUGUUCACUUGGAAAGGCAGGGGAAUUGCCAGUGAUGUAUCACUUCUGUUCUUAGUAAUUAGAUAUAACUGCAGUAGUACUUGGCCCUUCAAGAGGGUACUGCUGUAUUCCUUUCCAUCUAAUGGAAUAGCGUGGCGGUUACCUACUUCCGUGUCCCCAGAAAUGUUUCAGUACAAAUACUCUUUAUUGGCAACUAAGUACAUGAUGUCAGUGCCCGAGUUUCUCUAAUGAAUCCCUUUGCAAAAUGCAGUUCAGACUUGUUCAGUACUGACAGGAGUGAAAACAGGUAAUGAAGGAAGCUCUCCCAGCUUGAGACUAUGUCUUGGCAGUUUGGUGAAUGAAUGCAGCAGUUAGUAUGGGAAGCAGGAGGUGUUGGCUAGUGUUUCCUGACCAAAACUGCAUGCCAUUCUGGGCAGUAAUGUUGGCAUGAUCUGAGCCAGCCAGGAGGAAGUUGGGUGAUUAGAUAUUUGAGAUCUUCAUUGAACUGAAGACUUAUUUGGGCACUAGAAACCUUAAAAAGUAAUAAUCUCACACCUUGAGACACCUACUUACCUUAAAGUAGGCUCCCCCCAAGCCCCAUUCUGUUUGGGGUUAAGGUUUGAGAAUUGAAUGGAGACAGAUGUGAAGAGGUUCAUUUAAUGGCACACUGUACUGGAACGCUGAAGACCUGCAGCGGAUGUAAAUUCCAAGUCUUGUUAUAAUUUUUUUAAGAUUGUGAAAUUAUCGAAAUGCACACGAAUCAAGUUUUGCUACACUGGGUGGAUGAGGCUGUCCAUUGCACCAUUUCUUUGGGUUCUCAGGCAUGGUUUGACAGUGUAAGAACUCUGUAACAUUAACAUUGAAUAAAAAGAAAAUCUGAG